UGGUGCUGAAGCAAAGAUGGCAGUUAGCUAGACGCACAAACGGCCGGUGAACUGAGGGGGAAAGUGCUUUAUGUGAGGAUUUUCUGUGAGCUCGUCUGUUUAUUCGCGCGUUUAUUGUUCAGAAGCUGCAGUUAUGGCUGUGUGUUGAAUCUAGUCACAGCGCGUUAACGGACUGUCCCGUUCCGGCGGAGGAUUGACGCGACGCGACGCGGCGCGAUGUCUCUGCUCUGCGUCGGGGUGAAGAAGGCCAAAUAUGAUGGACCCCAGGAGAAAUUCAACACAUAUGUGACUCUGAAGGUUCAGAAUGUGAAGAGUACGACCAUCGCCGUACGGGGAAGCCAACCCAGCUGGGAGCAAGACUUCAUGUUUGAGAUAAAUCGGCUGGAUCUGGGCCUGACGGUGGAGGUGUGGAAUAAAGGACUGAUCUGGGACACCAUGGUCGGCUACGUUUGGAUCCCACUGCGGAGUAUCCGCCAAUCAAACGAGGAAGGACCAGGCGAGUGGCUGACUCUAGAUUCUCAGGUCAUAAUGGCGGAUAAUGAAAUCUGUGGGACCAAAGAUCCAACAUUUCACCGUUUGCUUCUGGACACGCGCUUCGAACUGCCGCUGGACAUCCCAGAAGAAGAGGCUCGAUACUGGGCCAAAAAACUGGAGCAGCUCAACGCCAUGCGAGACCAGGACUAUUCAUAUCAGGAGGUUCAGGAGAGGCCGCUGUCUGUACCGGGAACACAGUGCUGUGAGUGUGAUGCUCUACAUGCAUCAAUUAAAGCCUAAAUCAUCAUGAGAUUAGCCAAAAUAUUUAAUUUCCCAUUCUUUCACAUGUUAAA